AUGCAGAGCUCACUGAAACCACAGUCCGCCGCCUGCUCCGGACACAGCGCCGUGAUCCCGCCACACAAAGGCACUUGGGUCCCGUUGUACCGCCAUCUCGGGCCGUGCUCGCCGGCGGCGGCAUCUACCUGCGCGGCGAAGGCGAGGCCACCGCCGUCAUUGGCCGACCUGCUCCGCCAGGACCAGCUCCGCGUCGACCACAUCAACAGGAGGCUGUCGUCGUCGUCCGAAGGCAUCCGCGUGAGCAAGCAGGCCGGUCCCGUCAAGGAACCGGUGCGUUCCGAGGUGAUCCACCUCCACGACCAGCCGGUUAUCCAAGUCACAAUCGGCUCCGAAAGGAAGACCUCCGCCGGCGGCGGCCAGCAAAGCCAGGCGGCGGGAGUUGUCCAGACGGUGGUGCUGGACACGGCCAGCGACGUGCCGUGGGUGCAGUGCCACCUCUCCGCGUCGGCGACGGACAUCACCUCCUCCUCCUCCUACGACCCAGCUAGGUCGGCCACGUACACCGCCUUGGCGUGCAACUCCGCGGCCUGCGCGGAGCUUGGCCGCCUCUACCGCGGAGCCUGCGUCAACAACCACUGCCAGUACCGCGUCCCUAUCCCCAGCUCCCCCUCCUUGUCGUCGUCGUCGGGCACGUACGGCUCCGACCUCCUCGCGCUCGCGGCCGACCCCGCCAACGGCGCCUUAUCCUUCAAGUUCGGGUGCAGCCACGCCGAGGCCAAGCAGGGCGAAGAAGGCAGCUUGGACAACGCAACCGCCGGAGUCAUGGCGCUGGGCGGUGGCCCGGAGUCGCUGGUGUCCCAGACAGCGGCCACAUACGGGAGCGCCUUCUCGUACUGCAUCCCAGCGACGGAGAGCCGCCAGCCGGGGUUCUUCGUGCUCGGCGGCAGCGGUGACCCCUCCGCUGGCGCCGGGUAUGUGGUGACGCCCUUGCUCAGGUACGCGCGGGUGCCCACGUUCUACCGCGUGCGCCUCCUGGCCAUCGCCGUCGACGGGCAGCAGCUCAACGUGACCCCCUCGGUGUUCGCCGCCGGCUCCGUGCUGGACUCCCGGACGGCCAUUACCCGGCUGCCGCCGACGGCGUACCAGACGCUGCGCGAGGCGUUCAGGAGCAGGAUGGCCAUGUACAGGGAGGCGCCUCCGCAGGGGAACCUCGACACCUGCUACGACUUCACCGGCGCCUUCUUAGUCAUGGUGCCAAGGAUCGCGCUGCUGUUCGAUGGGAACGCCGUCGUGGCGCUGGACCGGCAGGGGAUCCUGUUCCACGACUGCCUCGCGUUCACGUCUAACAGCGACGACCGCAUGCCUGGGAUACUUGGCAACGUGCAGCAACAGACGAUGGAGGUGCUCUACAAUGUCGGCGGCGGCUCCGUCGGCUUCCGCCGCGGCGCGUGCUGA